AUGUCAAAACCAUUACACAGCAAAAAUGAAAUACUGAGGUCCAACACUGGUUUGACCAUCAAUCCAUCCAAAGCCUAUUCACGCUCAGAAACAAGAGAUAAACUGACAGGACUUACUAUAAUUCAAGGAGCAAAGUCAAGCAAUCAAGAACAGGUUUCCAUCCAGGGCCACAGGUACACCAAGACUCGAGGAGCAUAUGCUCAUUGUCUUUUGUAUGCUUCUAGUGCCUUCCGUCCAGGUCAAGCAUCAGGGAUCCGAUCAGAGUCCACGGUUAUCAGUAUCCAAUCCAUCCAGAAAAAGCAUCAAUGUUCUGAUCUCCCAGAAAUGGUCAUAGUGUCAGCCAUCCAGGUCAACUGUCAAGGACCCGAUUUCCCAGCAAUGGCCAUCGAUGUCAGGCGUCAAGGUUGCGAUCUUCCAGCCAAGUGUUCACUCAUCCAGGUCAAUCAGCAGGAUUCUGAUCUCCCGUCCAAGGUUAUAGCCAUCCAUGUCAAGCGUCCAGGUUCCGAUCUCCCAACCAUAUUUACAGCCAUCCGUGUCAAGCGUCAAGGACCCGAUCGCCCGUCCAUGGUUAUAGCAAUCCGUGUCAAGCGUCAAGAACCCGAUCCCCCGUCCAUGUCUCCAGUCAUCAAUGUGAAGCGGCAAGGACCCAAUCGCCCGUCAAUGUCUCCAGUUAUCCAGGACAAGCAUCACGGUUUCGAUCUCCCAGCUAUGUUCAAGUCUCCAGCCAUCCAGGACAAGCAUCAAGGUUCCGAUCUACCAGCUAUGUGUUCAGCCAUCCAGGUCAAGUGGCAAGGACCCGAUCGCCCGGCCAUGGGUAUAGCCAUCGAUAUCAGGCGUCAAGGUUCCGAUCUUCCAGCCAUGUGUUCAAUCAUCCAGGUCAAUCAACAGGAUUCUGAUCUCCCGUCAAUGUGUUCCGCCAAUCAUGUCAAGCGUCCAGGUUCCCAUCUCCCUGCCAUGUGUUCAGUCAUCCAGGUCAAGCAUCUAGGUUCUGAUCGCCAAUCCAUGUCUCCAGCCAUCCAGGUCAAGCAUCAAGGUUCUACUCGCCCGUCAAUGUGUUGGGCCAUCCAGGUCGAGCAUCAAGGACCCGAUCACCCGUCCAUGCCUCCAGUCAUUCAGAUCAAGCGUCAAGGACCUGAUCACCCCUCCAUGGUCAUAAUCGUCCAGGUCAAGCAUCAAGGUUCUGGUCUCCCCGCCAUGUCUCCAGCUAUCCGGAUCAAGCAUCAAGAUUCCGAUCUCCCCGCCAUGGGUAUAGGUAUAACAAAAAUCGAUGAGCAAUCACACUCGGCUUUAUUUAUUUCUAGUGUUGAAUCCACCAAGAUCAUGCUUCACGGAUCCGGAUUCAUGUCUACUCAUCCACGGCAAUUAUCAGGAUCCGAUUUUCAUGAAUUGUUAUAG